CUAGUAAGACUUCAAGAUAAAAUAAAUAUUCAAUAUUUAAAUGUGGUCAAGAUGCUUUCUAUAAAAAAGUUCAUUAAUAUUUAGGUUGAAAUAUUAAAAAUAGCUAAUAAUUCCCGUGGCAAUUAGAGAUGCACAUGGUAGUUAUGUUUAAUUGGUGUAAAGAUUAUGAGGGGGUCCUUAUCUUUGGAUAAUUUGAAGCCUGCGACAUAAUUACAGGCUUCUAUAAAAGAAUGGAUGUUUUUCCUCUGUAAUUCUAUUCUCAGGCUGCAUAAAUACAGUAUAGCCUUAAUCAUCCAGCUGUUGGCUUCAACACACAUGAUGGUCUCUAAAUACCUUCACUGCAUAGAUUUCCAUGAAUCUUUUUUAGAAACUCUGUGCAGGAUUACAAAUUCCGAACUCCCCUUCGUCACGAACGCGAAGAAGCUGCAGCAAGAAGAGGAGGAACGAAGAUGAUAAAGGGGAGGGGGUAAACACUCCCAAACGGAAAAGAGCCAUGUCUCAUAAGGUCCUAGCACUGAGACGAAAGAAGGAAUAACAAAGCCACAGAAAGAGAGGACGACGAAAGCAAAUACAUGCAAAUGAGGAGCUGCAUCAGUAGUCGCAGACACAAAUGCAUUGUGUGUGUGUUUGCAAUGAGAGGGCAGGCAUUGCACUGUGACUGGUGCUGCUGAGCACCAAUCUCUCUUCUGUCUGUGAUCCCCCCUGCAGCUUGGCACCAUCCAGCCAGGCGAGGACGGAAGGAGGCUUUCCAGGGCUUUUUGAUUUGGGAUUUGUAUGAAUAUGAGAGGAUUUGGACCACGUCGCCGCCACAGCCGCCACUGUUCUUUUCCAUAGCGCGUGUGAAACGUGGAGAUUCAUCCGGUUUGCCUCGCUCCCCUCGGCUGUUAUGGUCCUGCCUGAGAAUCAGGGCAUCACCCGGACGUGGGGCUCCGGCUGACCGCAGCAAGCACACUCCAGUCAUGGGGGCCAAACAGAUGAAAUGGGACACCAUCCAUCCAUCCCUUUUCUCAAGCCCUUGAGCUGCAGCCUAUCGCAGAUGACUUUAGCCUCAGCUCAGCCAGCCCUGUGCGCUCCCCCAAAGAGGAAUAUGCGGUCACCUGCACCAGCGACACGCCCGGACAGGAAACCAUCCGCCAUCAGCCUGAGGAGCAGCAGGCAGGACUGGGCCAUGACAAAUCAGAGCUGACGGACAAGAAGCAGCUCACAGAGGAGGUGUCUUUCUGUGGGCUGUGCCCCUCCCUUGGGCAUGAUAUGCCAGAGGAAGAGAAGUCCUGGGAGGAGCAGCUGGACAUCCACCAGGAGCAGCUGGAGAAGGAAAUGCAUGAGGCCAGGAGGAUGGUGUUACGCCUCCAGGCUUUGCUCCUCAAUGGCUCCCUCCCAGAGGAUGACCCGAGUGGAUCUGUGAGCUUCGGAGACAACAGGGCAAACGGCGAGCAGCAGCUGGUUCUCACGCGCAGCUGCCUGGACCAAAGCGUGGAUGAGGCCCUUGAUCUCAAACGGGAACUCCUGAGACACAAACAGGAGGUGCGCCAUAUUCAGGCCAUCAAGGAUGCCCUGCAGCAGCGACUGUCUUUGCAAGAGGAUGCUGUGCUGCAGCUAAAGCAGGAGCUACUGAGGAGCAACAUGGCCAAAGAUCAGCUGGAAGGGGAAAAUGUCGUGCUCAAAAACAAGCUGAGCGAACGCAACACAUUGCUCGGCGAGUAUGAGCAGCAACUCGGGAGGAAGGACAGGAUGCUUCAGCAGCAAAAGCACGACGAAGCUCAGCACAAAGCGCAAGAUGUUAGCCACAAUCGGUCAUUCAGGAGUGAAGGUGGUUACAAGAGCUCUCCUCCAGUAUUCCAGCACAGUGCACCCGGUGAGGAGCUGCAGCUGGUGAGGGAAGCCCUGCGUAGUUUGAGAGACAAUUUCUCCGGCCAUGACCCACAGCAUCACACCCUGGACACCCUUGAGCAGGGCGUGUCAAGCCUCAUGGACCGCCUGCACUCGGAAGCCCAGCGACGGCAGAACAGAGGGGAAUUUAAAUCGCCGGGUCGCAGAGCCAACUCUUCAGACCGAGACUCAUGGCCACCGAGCUCAAAAAUGGCACACUCUCACAGCAGUCCAGGAUUGGAUGGCAUCGUGUCCACUAAAGUGCUGUACUACACUGAUCGCUCCCUCACCCCUUUCCUCAUUAACUUACCCAAACGGCUGGGCGAGGUGACGCUGCGAGACUUCAAGGCCGCUGUGGACCGGCAAGGCAGCUUCAGAUACCACUUCAAAGCGCUCGACCCGGAGUUUGGCACCGUGAAAGAGGAGGUAUUUCAGGAUGGCGCGGUGGUACCGGGCUGGGAAGGGAAGAUUGUAGCGUGGGUGGAGGAAGACCAUGGGGAGAGGAGGUAGAAGCCCCCCCCCCAAAAAAAAAAAAACUCAGUUGUGUUCACUGGCACAGAACUUGACUGAACACUUGGGACCAAUGGACUGAAAUCAAGAUUGAAAUAUUUCAUGUCAAGCAAUACUUGUUAGACACUGUUUACAUCUCAUAAAUGUGGACAUGAAAUCAGUUAUUUUGAUAGCAAUGGUCCCUAAAAAUUUUAAUUAAAUUAACUGUAGUAUUAAGACGGAAUGGAUCUUCACUGCCAUUUUCCACAAGUUCCACAUUGCCAAAUCGUGGAUGUUUGCCACUUGUCUCUUUCAGUGUUUUAAUAAACAUUAUCGCAUGGACCAUC